AAUGACAAGAGGCGAUCAUUCAUUCUUUCAUUUUCUCUUCCUUUCAUACACAAAGUUUGCGCUUACUGGUAGUCGCUGCACAGGUUUCUAGGCGUAUGCGACACGAUCAUCAUGUCUGCUGGUAAUUUGCUUUCUCUUGCUGGCUGGACAUUUCUCCCAAAUCUGGUUACAGGAUGGGUUCAGAGUGUAUACUAUGGCAUUACCAUCCGAGCCGGUGACCCCAAACCUCAACCUGGAUCUCCGCGCUUCCUCCUCCAUCGUCGGCGCAUACACAUCAUAGUCGUAUCUGCCUACCUCCUCUACACAAUAUACGAAGCAGACUGGGACAUCCGACGAGCUUCAGAUUACUACCAAGACCUGGGCAUACCACAUAAUGCCAGUGAUCGGGACAUCAAAUCGCGAUUUCGGCGCUUAGCUGCUAUACACCACCCCGACAAAGUCUCAUCUUCCUCCCCCACUUCCGAAAACUACUUUGUGCAUCUUAAGCUUGCGCAAGAUACCCUUUUAGAUCCUGCCAAGAGGUUCGCCUAUGAACGCUUUGGACCAGACAUCAUAAAUUGGCAACGCUGUUCUGGAGUCCGCGAUUUCGUCCUCCACGGCCUACAAGCUAUCCUCCCCUAUUAUGGCGCAGCGGCAAUAUUCAUGUACGUGCUAGGUCUUCUUGGAUACUUGGAAUGGGGCAAAUACUGGCGAUGGCUCACCCUCAUCGGGCUCUGCGUAUUCGAACUCCACACCAUCUCACGCCCUCACUUCCCUCUCUUCGCAACCAACUUCCUCAACCCGCUCUUAACGACCUUCACACACCAUCCUCCCUACCUACCCUACCAACUCAUCCUCCUAGCGCGCAAAAUGAGCGUCACCCUCUACAUUGCCUUCGCGCAAAUAGGACCCCUCCUCCAACCUCCAACCGCAGUACCAGCAAACGCAAAUCCGGAAUUAGCGUUAAAGCAACAGCUGGAUAAACUAGAAGCCACAGCCAAACAAGCAGACCUCGAAGCCACCCGACUAGUACAAAUGGAACUAUCACCCUUCGGAGGCGAUCCGCAGGCUUUGAAGGAGGUGCAGAAGAGCACAAGCGAGUGGUUGGUGCAUAAUACUAUUAGGAACGAUCCCGAGGUCAAAGACGCGUUUGGAAGGACGUUGAUGCGGAGGAGAGGUGAUGCUCCUGCAGGCGCGAGGGGAAAUAGAUAGAUUGAUUACAUUGUUUUGUACUUUAGAUAAUAAGAAAGAAAC